GUGUAGGAGCAAAGGAUAGGAUCCCAGAACAGAGUAUGAGCCUCACACACUCUCACACACAAACCUCUGUUGGCUCCCUCCCUCUGUUAAGCUUUGUGGAAUAGUGGAUUACUCUCUAAAUUGAGCCACUCAUCGAGUAGAUCCAGGCAUGAUCAGGUGGCAGUGUGUCGGAGCAGUGUUGAAGUGUGAGAUGAACCAUGGAGGGGUGCAGGAGGACAGUCACUAGCCGAGCCAGAAGCCUGACAUUCACCACCACCACGACCAACAGCAGCAGCAGCCCAAGGGGGAGCCACAGCAUGCGGCUGGGCUCUCACUAGCACCAAGUGGACCUGGUCCCUCUCCUCUUCAUCUGAGGGCCAGGGCUGCAGAAUGCUCAGUCCUGUCACCCCAUACAGUCUGUUGAAGAUGCACUGGUCUCCGGAGCACGCUGCCCCCUUAUCUCAGUGGCCUGAGCAGCACCUAGAUGUCACCUCCACCACUUCGCCCCCUUCUGCCCACAAACACGACCCCUACACUACAGGUGCUCGCCGUGGCUAUGCCCCUGCAGGUUACCCAUGGGCCAGUGAUGACAUAUCAGCCCUCACUGCUUCUUCUCUGCUUAAACGCUAUGCUGAAAAGUAUUCUGGACUGGAGCUGUCCUACGAACGCCCCACUCCAGCGGCCUACUCCGAGACUUUCCUGAAAACUGAAUCUGAGCCCUGGGCUCUGGGUCAGGGCAUAGAGUGUUACCCUGGACUUGAGGCAAUAACUGGCACAAAAGUGGGUGCCGCGUCUGUGGGCAUCCCAGCCACAGGAAGUGUAACAGUAGUGAGCAGUAAUUUGGCCUCUGAGUCAAGUUACAGUGGUGCUGGCUCCUGCAGCGCCCCGUCAUCUCAGGAAUACCCUCCUUCCUACAACAGCACCUACCUGUCCUCAGGAUACUGCCCUCAACCUAGUGCAGCACUUCCCCCUGCCAAUCUACACUCUUUGCAGGCAGCACCCACCCUAGUACCCAGCUACAGCGCCAGCACUCCCGUCUACAACUACCCACCUGGUUGCUACCCCCAAAGCAGCCUGUCCUCUGGAUACAGCCACCCCAGUGCCUCCUACCUGCCCUCUGGGAUUAAUGCCCCAACUCCUCUGGUGCCCAGGCCCACCAUGGUGGGGGGCAGUUACAGCUACGCAGCUCACACGCUGGGUGGGAGCGCUGAGGCAGGAGGACCACUGAAACGCAAGGCCUUUGAGAUGGCAGAGGAGGGACAGGAGGGAGCAGAGGUGGAGGGUUCCCGCUACAGAAAGUAUGGCAACGGCCAUGGAAACAGUCACAGCAAAGGCCACGGCAAUGGGCACGGCAACGGCUACGAUAUGAGCGGGUCUGCCUCAGAUUCACAGGCGUACAAACCUGGAAAGCCCCUGAUGUCGCCCCCAUAUGGUGGUGCAGGGGAGUACAGCCCACCAUCCGGUCAAGCAGGAGAGAGUGUGUCGGCAGAGCACAACUUUCCCCAGCAGCAGAGAAUGUCUCUGAAGAUCCCUGCAGCACACACUCGAUCUGAGGACCCUGCUGGAGGCCGCUGACAGCCGCCGUUGCCAUUGGAGAGGAUUCCCUCGCUCCAGGUUUCUUAAUCCAGAGAGAUUUGGGGGAAUAGCAUCGGAUUUGUCAAAGAAAGGUUUAAUUUCAGUAGACAAGCUGGCACAAGAGUAGAUUUUACUGGGCGUCUUUAACAUUUUCAUCGUUUGUGUUUUUUUCCAAAGAUUCACACGGGCUGUUUGCCCUGUCUUAGGUGGUGAGGUAGAGGCAUUCUCUGCAUAGACAGAUACAUGAAGACGGUCUAUAUGUGUGAGUGUCUGUUUCUCUCAGGAUCCUAUUUAUUUCCUUUCUGCUACUGUGGUGAGGGCACUGCAGUGUUGCCGAUGUAGAAAUCAGUGUAAUUGUGUGUGGCCGUCGUGUGUGUGUGUGUGUAAAAGGGCCUUUGACUGCAAUAUGUGUUCGACCGCACCACAGAAAUCAUUACUGACCAAAAAACUACGGAGAGCAAUAAGUGGAAUUGCGAGGCUACUUCUAUUAGCACAAUCACUGCUGCUUUACACAGCUCACUCCAUGGCCUUGAGCCUCCUUUCAUUCUUUCAUUCUUUACCUGGCGCAUGCUCUCCUGCCUCCCGCUCCCACUCUCUCUUUCAUCCACUUAUACAAAAACCAAGCAUAUGUGAAGCCUCCAUUCAAAUAGUGUUGUCAUAGAGAAAGCGGGAGGUGGAGAAACCGAAUGUUUUAAGUUUAUUUUAAAAUGUAUUUAGCAUUCACACAGAGACAGUAUACAGAGUAUAUGCAGAUCAUGUCGAAAAGGAUGUUGUUUACAUGCAGAUUUAUAUCCUAAAAUUGAACAGGUAUAUUUUCAUAAGAGUCUAAAUCAUAAUACAUGGUCCAGUCUAUAUUUUGUCUACUAUAUUUCCAACAUUACAAGAUAUAAAAAAACAAAGUAAAAAAUGCUUUAUUCUGCUCUCCACUGAGAUUGACAGUUUAGAGGUGAGUAAGCCUGUUCGUAUGCACCGACCACACUGAGAGGCGCGCGGGUUUACGUCGUCCUUUGAGCUCAACGUUUGCGAGUGAGAACCUCGAUGUUACAUUCGUCGUGAAGAUCUACCUGCUUGUCUUCUAGGAUUUAACUUUUUUUUUUUUUUUUUUUAAUAUGCAUUCUCUUUACCUUUGCUUCUCAAAAGGAUGAUUUAUAAGUUGUGUAAUUGAAUACUCAGGAAGAAUAUUGUUACCUCAGAACGAUGAAAUAAGAAUGUAUGUUAUUACCGUGGGCUGUUUGUAAGGAGCUUUACGGAGGAAAGUCUUGGAGAAAAAGAUACUCUGAAAACUUCAGGGAAAUUAUGAACUUACAAGGCCUUUGAUACUAACAGUAGAAUAAACACACACACACACACACACACACACACACAUGCAUGCAAACACGUUGCUUUGUAGCUCUGGGGAAAUUAAACUUUUUGUAUCAAGGCCUGAAAUGUUGAAUGUAAUUCAGACUUCUUUUUUUUUUGGACAAUACAUGCCAUAAUGUACAUCAACUAUGUUUUUAGAUAUAUGAAACAUAUUUUCUUCAUGUAUAGAUGUAAUUCUCUUAUAGGUUUUGAUGGAGAGAUGAAUGACAUGUUAAGUGUUAGUGUAGUUAGCAGUGGGGGAAUUGUUUUGUGGGCAAAAAGUCAAAACAAAGCACUCCUGGUGGACAAUGCUUAAUAAUUUGACAUAUCACACAACCUCGACACGCUACAGUGUGGAAAUGUGCUCUAGUGUCCGGUUUCUGUUUUCCCGUGUCAGUAUUUUCACUUGACCACAUGUCACCAGUCAAUCAACCUGAAUUUAGCUUUAACACAUUGAGUGCAUGAAGAAGGGAGGAGCUAACUAUGGCGAACAUAAACAAAUGAUGCACUCACAAUGUAUGUACAGUCACAACUCUGAAGCUUUUCUUUUUUUUCGAGUUGUCGGUUUGGUGCUCCACCGUUUCAUAAAUUGUGCCAUACAAAUUUAUACUGCAAAAUUAUUAAUAGGCUUUAGGCUGAUAUGCAACUUCAGAUUUUGUUUUAAAAAAAAUAAUAAUAAAUAAAAAAAAAAUUCAGUGUGAUGAAAAAUUACUUUAUGGCCCUUUUUGAAGCACAGUCAUGAAAUUAAACUUCCUCAGAGGGUGGAGCUGAUUUUGCUUCACAUUAUGCUGAAUAAUAAUAAUAAAAAACACAACAGAUUAAUGGUUAAUUCAUCUAAAAAAUUUUUGAAAAGUAUCUAAGCGCUUAGCUUCAACAAUUGAAUGCUCUUCAAUGCCACAUAAAGAAUGUGUUCCACAUGGAGCGACACACACACACAGCGACAGACGCCUGUGUUUGUCGUUUCUUGUCGUUCCUCCUGCUCAUGGAAUUAUGUGGAGAGUUGAGUUUGUCCAAGAAUUGAAAUUCAGUGUUACCUUUGUGAUUCAGGUGUACCUUCCUCGUCGUAUCGUGUACAUUGUCUGUGACCAUUUCUACCUCAUUCUGAAGACGUGCAUUGAAAUAUUUAUUUCAUGUCAUCUCACAAGCCAGUUUAAGGAGCAACGUAUAUCGACUUCUCGUCUACCUCACAGAAGACUGUCGUGUCAUGGAAAUGAAGAUAUCAUACCAAAAAAAAAACAACCUUGACUUUGUCUUUUUGUCUGUGAAAAUCAAAAAUGUUUGAGGUUUGAUUGUCCUCAGUUUUUGCUAAAAUAUACUAUGAUGAAACCCUAA